GUAGAGUUUAUUGACGCCGCCGCCAGCCGCCGACAGCGAUGUACCGAAAUGUCAACGAACGAACCCUCGACUCGUUCAUUACGUUCGUGUACGCUGUAACAAGCAAAUUGUCUUAGCUUUGUUCUUAAAUUUCUUCCGGAAGUCCCUAUUUAACAUUCAAGAUGGGUAGGGAGGACAAAGCUACCUGGAAAGCCAACUAUUUCGUUAAGAUCGUGCAACUGCUCGAUGAGUAUCCAAAAUGCUUCAUCGUCGGUGCCGACAACGUCGGAUCGCGUCAGAUGCAGACCAUUCGCAUCUCGCUGCGUGGUACGGCCGUCGUCCUGAUGGGUAAGAACACGAUGAUGCGUAAGGCCAUUCGCGGUCAUCUGGAGGAGAACUCAAACCUGGAGAAGCUGUUGCAGCACAUCAAGGGCAACGUCGGCUUCGUGUUCACCAAGGGUGAUCUGGUUGAGGUCCGUGACAAGCUGAUGGAGAGUAAGGUGCGUGCUCCGGCUCGUGCUGGUGCCAUCGCUCCGCUGGAGGUCGUCAUUCCGGCGCAAAACACCGGUCUUGGACCCGAGAAGACCUCUUUCUUCCAGGCUCUGUCCAUCCCGACCAAGAUUUCCAAGGGUACGAUUGAAAUCAUCAACGAUGUACCUAUCCUGAAGCCCGGUGACAAAGUCGGUGCCUCCGAAGCCACUCUGCUCAACAUGUUGAACAUCUCUCCGUUCUCGUACGGACUGCAAAUUGAGCAGGUAUACGAUUCCGGUUCGAUCUUCUCCCCGGACAUUUUGGACAUCAAGCCGGAAGAUCUCCGUGCCAAGUUCCAGGCUGGAGUUGCCAACUUGGCUGCAGUUUCGCUCGAGAUCGGAUACCCAACUCUGGCUUCCGUACCGCACAGCAUUGCCAACGGUUUCCGCAACCUGUUGGCCGUCGCUGCCGUCACCGAGGUUGAGUUCAAGGAGGCUGAAACCGUCAAGGAGUUCAUCAAGGAUCCGAGCAAGUUUGCUACCGCUGCUGCCCCAGCUGCUUCGGCUGCUGCUGCCGCUCCGGCCGCCGCCGCCAAGGAGGCUCCGAAGGAAGAGUCCGAAUCCGAGGAUGACGACAUGGGCUUCGGUCUGUUCGAUUAAGCACUUCGUGUCAGUUGCACUUUGCCUUCUUUGGUAAAUAUCUACUCCGGCGGACGAACCUUUGCGUCUCUUUGUAUAGCACAGAUGCGUUACCGAGAGGGACCCCCGUAUCUACUCGUCCGGUGUUGGAACGACAAACCGGCUCCCAAUGGCGAUGUACGCGGUCCGUGCAAAUUUGUAUCGUUCGCCUGAAUACAUAUUGAGGAUAGGCAGGUCUUAUAAAAAGCAAAUCAAGUAUUUUGCAAUAAAAAAUACAUUUAAAAUGUA